GUUUAUUUAAUCAAUAAUUUUGACUUGAGAUGCAAAUAAAUUAAUAAUGGUCGUGAAGAGCAAAAAGAAGCGCAAUAGCAAGGAUUCUACAUCCAGCAACGCAGGAAGUGGUGAAGGCGAGGAGAAGAAGAAGAAAGAGGGCGGCAAGAAGAAAGGGGGCGUGGGAAAGUCCAUUGGUUGCGACAUUUUCAAUGACGCCGCCAUGGAAAACGCCUACUAUGUGUGCCACAAUGUUCAGGACGUACUUAAGUCAAGGGGAUUUGCUUGGCCAGAUGGCCAAAAGAAGAAAAAGAAGGGAAAGCGCUAGAGUG